ACUCCAUCAGAGAGUGGCCGUGUGUCUGCAUCCAGGGGGGCAGGACUGAGGAUGAGGAGAUGCUCAGGGACCCAGAAGACCAUGUUCUGCCCAAAUGCCCAGCCUGAAGGCCUGAAGGACAUGCCAUAACAGAGCGUCGGCAGCAUCCUGGCGAUUUCUACUUUGGUCCCUCUCUGCGUGAGCACCUCAUCAACAUGAAAUACGGUCUCCACUUGACCUUCAUGUGUCUGAGUCUCUUCACUCCAAGGAUGUGUAUCCAGGGGAAUCAGUUCAACAUCGAGGUCAGCAGAAGUGACAAGCUCUCCCUGCCUGGCUUUGAGAAUCUCACAGCAGGAUAUAACAAAUUUCUCAGGCCCAAUUUUGGCGGAGAACCAGUUCUGAUAGCACUGACUCUGGACAUUGCAAGUAUUUCUAGUAUUUCAGAGAGUAACAUGGACUACACAGCCACCAUAUACCUCAGACAGCGCUGGACGGACCAGCGGCUGGUUUUUGAAGGCAACAAGAGCUUCACUCUGGAUGCGCGCCUCGUGGAGUUCCUAUGGGUGCCAGACACUUACAUUGUGGAAUCCAAGAAGUCCUUCCUCCACGAAGUCACUGUGGGAAACAGGCUCAUCCGCCUCUUCUCCAAUGGCACAGUCCUGUAUGCUCUCAGAAUCACAACGACUGUUGCAUGUAACAUGGACCUGUCGAAAUACCCCAUGGACACACAGACAUGCAAGUUGCAACUGGAAAGCUGGGGCUAUGAUGGAAACGACGUGGAGUUCAGCUGGCUGAGAGGGAAUGACUCUGUACGCGGGCUGGAAAACCUGCGGCUUGCUCAGUACACCAUACAACGGUAUUUCACCUUAGUCACCAGGUCGCAACAGGAAACAGGAAAUUAUACACGACUGGUCUUGCAAUUUGAGCUUCGGAGGAAUGUCCUGUAUUUCAUUUUGGAAACCUAUGUUCCUUCCACUUUUCUGGUGGUGCUAUCUUGGGUUUCAUUUUGGAUUUCCCUCGAUUCAGUUCCUGCAAGAACCUGCAUUGGAGUGACCACCGUAUUGUCAAUGACAACACUGAUGAUUGGGUCCCGCACUUCUCUUCCCAAUACCAACUGUUUCAUAAAGGCCAUCGAUGUGUACCUGGGGAUCUGCUUUAGCUUCGUGUUUGGGGCCCUGUUGGAAUACGCAGUUGCCCACUACAGCUCCUUACAGCAGAUGGCAGCCAAAGAUAGGGGGAUGGCAAAGGAAGUGGAAGAAGUCAAUAUUACUAACAUCAUCAACAGUUCCAUCUCCAGCUUUAAACGGAAGAUCAGCUUUGCCAGCAUUGAAAUUUCCAGGGAUAAUGUCGACUAUAACGACUUGACAAUGAAAACCAGUGACAAGUUCAAGUUUGUCUUCCGAGAUAAGAUGGGCAGGAUUGUUGAUUAUUUCACAAUUCAAAACCCUAGUAAUGUUGAUCGAUAUUCCAAAUUACUAUUUCCUUUGAUUUUUAUGCUAGCUAAUGUAUUUUACUGGGCGUACUACAUGUACUUUUGAGAGUACGUUGAAUUGUUUGCAUGGCAUGGUUCUUCAACAGAACAAGGAAAAGAUGUAAAUGGUAUUCUAAGCCAACUGUGUGCGCAAACCCAAUAGUACUACAAGUGACUAAAAUAACAUUUGAGCAUUUCUCCUCAAAGAAUAUUCCCCCAACCAUUAUUUAAGCUGUGUAGAAGUCCUAGCAUUACAGAGUCUUGUAAUAGAAACAUCAACUCAUUCCCUUUUUAUCUUUACCAAAGACAUCCCCAUGGACCCUAAGAUUAUAAACCUACCCAGACUUGACUAUUUGCUCAGUGGCUCCCUGGUCUGCAUUUACCUCAUAUAAAAAAUGAAAAGGAAGUUAUUAUAUGUAUUGAGUAACCCUCAAGUGUCAGUGGUUGUUUCUAAAUUAAUCAUACAUGCUAUUUACUAAAUCUCUACAGUGCUUGUAAAAUGCAUUGUUACCUAUUUAAGGAGUAACAUUUUCUAGUUUUUGUUUUUGAUUAAAAUGAAAUGUGGGCCCAAGUCAAUUCACUGGAAGUCACUGCACUAACUCAAUACUAAGAUGAGUUUUUAAUACAGUAUUUAAUACCACAGCAGAAUUGUCCCCAAAUUCCAAUAAGUUCCACCACUGAAAAAUCAAAUGUAAAUGAACAAAACAUUAAUGGAUCAACACUCUCAAACAUAAAUUUGUUUCUAAGUUAUAAUGCAUUUCCCUGAAUCCAAACUGAAAGGGCUCUGGGGCUUUAUUCCCCCAUUUGAUAUGUCUUAUCAUUUUACUAUUAUACGUACACCAGUCCUCAACAAUGCGAAAGCCCUUUCCCCACAUCAGGGAUGGAAAUGGAAGAUUUUUUAAAAAACUAAUUCUAAGGAGUCUUACUUUGAACUAUUGCCAUCAAUACUUGCAGAACCGAGUCCAUUUCUAUCUGCUUCUCUGACACUGAGCACCACUUUCCCAGCAGCAGAUCUCCUGCAUCUUUCCAAGAGGAGCUCUUAUUCCUAUGCUCUAGUGACCAGGACUGAUGCUUAUUAGAUCAUGAACUUCAUUACCCAGAAACAAGUGGCUUAGAACAAGUAAGCUUGGCUUUGCUCGGAACCCCGAUCCUUCUAGCUGGAUUACUUGGAGUAGCUUAUCCUGCAUGAGUAGGAGAAUGUUGGCUCUGAGUCCUGAACUUCCUGAGUAACAGCGGAACUUGUUCCAGAACCUACGUGCAGGCUGCAGAUGAGCUAUCUUUUCCAAGUCCAGCCAUUCUCACCUUAACACAAGAAGCACAUUAUGUGCAUCCUUGCUCCUUGGUCAAGCUCAGCCGACAGCAUUUUUAAGUGGAGAUUUGCCAGUGUGUCAUGAUAAAGG